AUGACGCCUCUGUCAUUGGCCAUCGGUUUUAUUGUUUUGCUCUCCAUCGUAUCGGAGGUGGUUGGGGCACCUCAGGGGCACACACCAUCUGCUGGACAAUUCAUACCUUUGACACGGAGGACGCAGCCUUCACGGAAUGUCUCAGAGUGGGCAGAGUAUGCCAAGAACCUGCGGGACGCCACAAUUGCGAAGUACUCUUCACAGCUUAGUCAAAAGCGGGGAACGGGCGAGAACUUCAUGCUCAAUUUCUGCAGUUUCUACGGAUCUCUGGCUAUUGGUACACCGCCUUAUCCAUUUGACGUAAUUUUAGACACUGGAUCCUCAGAUAUGUGGAUUGCCUCGUCCGCAUGCCAGUCUAUGUGUGCAGGAACGGGCAAUUUUGACUCAGCAAAAUCCUCUACGUUUAGAAAUAUGAAUAAGAGCUUUAGUGUAACCUACGACAAAGGUUACGCAGCAGGUACCGUUGGGCAAGAUGUUGUUCAAAUCGCUGGUUUCACAAUCUCCGACCAAGCAUUCGGGGUAGUGACAACUACCGCGACGAACUUCUUGCAAAAUCCUGUCACCGGAAUCUUUGGUCUCGCAUGGCAGUCGCUCGCAGUUUCUGGUGUCAUGCCGUUUUGGCAGGCACUUGCAAGUAAUGGCCAAUUGAGUCAACCCUUGAUGGCUUUCCAGUUGACGCGCUUUUUAAAUGACAGCCAAGCUGGCAAACUAGAACCUGGGGGAUCUUUACAAUGGUCAUGUCAUUCCUGGCGUGUCUCACCUUCGUUUCCAGGAUAUGCAAACGAGAGUUUAUACACCGGUACGAUUGACUAUCAGGACCUUCCCGAUGGACAAGCCUCGUACUGGCUUCAAGAAAUUACUUCGAUGAUUGUGCAAGGGAAAUACAUACCUUUACUAGGUGGCAGUGCGUCUUAUGCUAUCAUCGAUACCGGUACGACACUCGUGGCAGGGCCUGCGGCAGGGAUCGCAGCCAUUUACGCUCAGAUCCCCGGAUCUCAGCCCGGGACGGGCAGCUGGGAGGGAUUCUACACUUAUCCCUGCGACACUGCUGUUGUGGUGGAGAUCUCGUUUGGAGGGCCCAAUUGGUCAGUAAGCCCCGGUGACUUCGCGUUCACAUCCACAGGCACCUCGAAUGAAUGCUAUGGCGCAUUUUACGCAAUACCUACAUCUGGCGAGACCCCUCCCUGGAUCAUAGGCGAUACGUUCUUGAAAAACGUUUAUUCGGUUUUCCGAUACGAUCCCCCGUCCGUCGGAUUCGCAGCACUGUCUGAAAUCGCACUCGCAAUGAAUGGCAAAGCUGGAGGAAUACCUUCCGCUACGCUCGGUGCUAACUCGGCAAUGUUCACUUUAGAGUCAAGCGCAGCACCGUCAACACGCACCUCUCGCGCAGUGACAUUUGUCAUUUCCGCUUUCCUCGCCACCUUAGUGUCAUUUGUACAAGCCUAA